AUGAACCUACAAGGCUUGCAACUACCAGGAAGAGAGCAUGCGUUCUCGCCAGAAGUGAUUGACUUAACAGAGGAAAUACAUGAUCCAGUUGCAAACGAAGAAGUUUCAGAAGUACCUUUCUUGGAUUUAACUAGAAUAUCAGAAAAUAGAUCCAGAAGAAGACGAAGAAUUGAAAAUGAUUUUGCAAUUGAAGGUACACCUUCCACUCGUUCUAUUUCAAAUCGAGUUGGUCGGCCUCCAGUGUCAGUAGGCGGUGGUAUAUAUUGGACGAGACAGCGAAGAAGAGCUUCGUUACAAAGAUUAACUGGUCAGCCUUCUUCGAAAUCCCAACCCCAUAUUACAAAACCAGUACCGGCUCCUGGCUUCACUUACGAUGUAAAACCGGAGAUGUUUUUGGUGUGUGCCGUAUGCAAGACGGAACUUAUCAAUAAUGGAACGAUUUCUAUAUUUGCUUCAAAGUGCACUCAUGUAUUCUGCUCUUCAUGUACGAAAGAUCUUCGAAAAAAAACUCAACCAUGCCCGGUGACACAUUGUGAAAAACGCAUCACGAAACGAGCUCUCUUUCCUCUAUACAUCUGA